GGUCAAACUUCUGUCUGCGCUGCGCAUCUCACAGGAAGCUGCCGCCUCACGAAUCAAAAGUCAGGGUCAACUUUAGGCUUGGCAACCUGAGUUCUGAAGACGCCGGGUUGACGCACACGGCCCCACAAGCAGCAAGACUGAGUCUCACUCUAUGAUUUCAGAGCACACGUCAUGCAGAUCAGGAUAGUACCUCUUGUGACGUAAGUUUUGCGUAGGUUCAAUAUGCUGGGGUGAGCUCAUGCUCCUGACAGUGAAGUUCCCUGCAAAGACCAGCUAAGAUUAGAAAGCAAACGGUGGGACGUCGCAUGGCUGGCAUUACUGCAGUGCACCGGACUCCUGGAAAGACCUGUGCUCUGCCACAUGCAUUGCGGUCAAACCCUGCAGCACGCAGUCAUGGCUAAUCUGACCAAGUCUUUCCGAGUCUUACUAUGGAACCAGCUGGGCGGAUCCAAUAUCUCCAGCUUCUGAUAUAUAAGCUCCAAAAAGAGCGUCGUAGCUACAAAAGUUACAACAGCAGCUCCAGCUCCUUCAACCAAUUCCUCCGAUCCAGAUUGUGAUCUUCAUCCACACUCAGCUCCAAACGGCCCUGCUGUUUCCGAGCAGCUAAGAGCUGUGGCUAAUCAGUAGAUACAAAGAGCAGCGUCCAGCGCGUCCCUUAUAGUCCAUUCUUUCACACCAAGUCCAACCUUUCCUAGCUACCAUCCCGCCGCGUGCUACGCCAACGCAGGGAACCUGCUUGAAGCAACCCAACAGUGCUAAUUUAGUCCACUGCGGAUAUAGGCUCUCACGUCCCUCUCAGAAAUAUGGCCAUAAGCUAUCGCACCGGCUUGGCGCUGCUCGUCCUGGCAGCGGUCGCAGCUGUGGCGUCCGCAUCGGACGCGGACCCCCUUGCGGAUUUCGUACUGUCCGGAGUGAAUGGUGCACCAGUGACUGGUGCCAACUUCGCCUUCCGUGGGCUCAACAACGUCAACGUGACGUCAGGCCAGGGCAGCGCCGCCAAGGCUGCCAAUGCUGCAACCUUCCCCGCUCUCACGUCGCAGGGCAUCUCGUACACUUUCGUCAACUACGCGCCGUGCGGCCAGAACCCCAUCCACACCCACCCCCGCGCGACAGAGAUCCUGUACGUCAUCGAGGGCCAGCUGUUUGUCGGCUUCGUUGACACCAACAACACUCUGUUCUCGACGACCCUGAACGCGGGCGACGUGUUCGUCUUCCCCCGCGGUCUGAUCCACUUCCAGCAGAACACCAGCCCCAACAACCCGGCCAAGGCGCUCGCGGCGCUCAACAGCCAGAACCCGGGGACCCAGAGGAUCGGCAGCGCGCUCUUCCUGCCCACCGGCAUCCCCACCAGCAUCUCCCAGGUCGCAUUCAAUGCGCAGGCGUCCGCCAUCGAAGCCAUCAAGCAGAACUUCCCGGCGUCCGGAAACCCGGUCGGUACCGCCAACACGGGGUGCGGACCGUCCGCCACUUUCCCGUCAGGCAGGAAGAUGAUGUAGUCAGCUGGGCGGAAGCAGAUAUUUGGAGAACGAACGCUGCUUGCUUGUAUUUAAUUAACCAGCGUUCUGAGUUCGAAGAUAUUCCCGUUCGCUCGCGCCCCAUGUAAGCUAGCAUCUGGAGGCCGACGUCAGUAAAACCUAAGAAGACAUUUUGAUGCUAUCUCUGGAAUCCGUAGCCACUUCCACAUAGCAGCUCUGUUCUCCUAUGAUCUUUCAAAAAUUUCAUUCAUGCACCGGACA